AUGUAUUUGUACUCCGCCUGCGCUCGUGUCGAAAAUAAACUCCCAACGAUGUCGCAGAAACUGAUCGAAUCGCAUUCCCGGAUAAUAGAAAAAAUCGCCGAAGAUCAGGGCUUCAAAGAGUACGAGGUCUACGUGAACUCCGGCUCGGAAAAGGGCGACAAUUACCUCGGCGUGUUAACGGCAGUCACAGUGAAAUCGGACGGGCGCAAAUUGGAGCUGAUUCUGAAAUCCACCCCGCGCGACGACAACGCGAGAAAAUCCUCGCCGAUGCGCGCCGCCUUCCUGCGAGAAAUCCACCUGUACGAGCGGAUCUUCCGCGCGCUCAGGAAAUUCCAGGACGAGUUCAACAUCGCGGAGCCGUUCGACUGCUAUGCCAAAUUGUACGCCACCUCGACGGAGGAGUUCGACGAGUUCCUCGUCAUGGAGAAUUUGAAGAGCGACGGGUACCAGCUGUGGAACAAGAAGAUCCCGAUGAAUCCCGAUCACAUAUCGCGCGUUAUCAGGGAGUAUGCGAAAUUCCACGCCGCCAACGUGGCCAUGAAGCACAACAACCCGGCUCUGUUCGAGAUUAUUACCGAAGACGUGAUGUACAGUAUCUGGGAUAACGAGGAGGUCAUGAAGAACAGGACAGUGUUCAAGGAUUAUCUGAAGACUGUAUUAGAUUUGGGCUACAAAACCGUCGGUGAGGAUGCUUCCUUGAUCGGGUUUCUGCGAGAUGUAGAAGAGGAAAUCCCGAAGAUCAUAUUCGAUGAAUUUAAGAAAAGCGAUGAAUACCGGCAAUCUUUAAUUCACGGAGAUGCUUGGUGCAAUAACAUUAUGUUCAAAUAUAAAGACCCCGAUGACACCCGUACGCCCGUAAGCCUGAAAUUCAUCGACUGGCAGAUAUCGUACGUGUGCACGCCGGCAUACGACUUUUGCUACUUCUUCCUGGCUCACAGCCCCAAGGAAGUUCUGGACGACUACAAAACCUACUUGGAAUUAUAUUACGAUACGUUCUCGCAGCAACUCAAUUACUUCGGCUGCGAACCCGAGGAGGUCUUCUCGUAUUCUAGAUUUAUCAGGCACAUAAAUAAGUGCAUGGUUGUGGGGCUGUUUGCAUGCUGCACUGUAUUGAAAGUUAUGUUGUGCGAGCCGACUAAACAUCUAGAUGCGAAAGCCGGCAAACAAGUGGAUUUAUUGGAGUCGUUAAAUUCCAACGUUAAUGAUAACGAAGUGUUAAGGCAACGCAUAAAAGAUAUUAUAUUGUUUGUCAAAAAUAAUAAUUUCCUGUCGAAAUGA